AUGGCAACCGGUGGCGGCUCGAAGAGGCGGCAUACGGAUGAGGAAGGGGGGCGAGCCCAACCUGGCUUGGAGGAAGACCGCAUCACGACCCUGCCGGAGGCUCUGCGGCUGCACAUCCUCGCGCUCCUCCCGCUCAAAUCCGCCAUCCGCACCGGCGCGCUCUCCACGCAGUGGCGCGCACUCUGGACGCGCCGCUGGCCGGAUCCUGCCUCCAUGGAAUUGCGCGUCGCCGCCCUACAGCCGCUCAUGGAAUCCCUGGAGCGGCGCGGGCGGCGGCGCAUCGACCGGUUCUCCCUCUCCUUCGAGAUGGGCGAGCUCACCGCCGAGGAGUUCCGCCGCUGCCUUCACUAUGCCGCCGCCUGCGCCGUCGCGGACCUCCAAGUCCACCUCAGUCGGGGCUCCAACCGCAUCUUGAAGUUCCGGCUGCCGCGAGGCAACCCACACCUCCAGCGUCUCUCCCUCGAGGGCAUCGGCGUCGGCCUUCCCAACCCAUUCCGCUACGAGUCCCAUCCCCACUCUGUCCUCGACGCCAUCAGCCUCCACCGCGUCACCAUCUCUGACCAUGACGUCUUCUCUCUGGUCGCCGCAUGCCCGCUCCUGCGCACCCUAGAUUUACGCUACUGCAAAGGUCUACGCCGCGGCAACUUCCCUGCCGGGGCUUACCUGAAGAGCGUCACCUUCGCCGAGUGCAAAGGCCUUGCCGGCGUUUUGUUCAGGAAGGCCCCGGGCCUCCGCUCCUUCCGCUACAGUGGUGGCUACCUUGCCGCGGACCAAAUCCCGACCACCAUUGACGACCUUUAUCUCUGCUUCGGGGGACCUGACCGCGGCAAUUGCUUGGGGGGCACCACAUACGACGCAGAUGGGAGACUCUGCAGGCUGCGUAGAAGUUGUCUCGAUGCACUCAUCGAUGCCUAUAACCUCACCGUGAUUACACUCUGCAGCAGUGCCCUACGGAGAGUUUCUGGCAAGGCUCGUGCCAAAUCAAUCCAUGGAAAUGCUGCUGUGUGCAGAUUACAGAAUUUGAGGGAGGUGCAGCUGCUGAUGUUUGCAAUGUUCGAAGAAAAUUUGCACGACAUUAUGGAUUUCCUCAUGACCUGCUGCAGCCCUCGAUUGGAGAGAUUAUUUGUGCAGCUUCCAACAAGGAGUGGUCAAUAUAAGCCACAGGAAGAACCAUCGGAUUCAGAGGAAGAUGGGUCAGAGGAAGAUGAGCUAGAGGAAGAGCUCUCGGAGGAACAUGAAUGUAAGAUGCAUGCAUGGGACAAACAUCUGUGUUACGGAGAAGAGCCUGAGAAAGAUCAAUCCGAGCAAACCGAAUCAGAGGAAGAGGUGUCAGAGGAAAAUCACUCAGAGGAAGACGAGCCAGAGGAAGACGAAUCAGAGGAAGAGGUGUCAGAGGAAAAUCACUCAAAGGUAGAUGAAUCGGAGGAAGUUUGGUCAGAGGAAGAUGAGCUAGAGGAAGAGUUGUCGGAGGGAUCAGAGGAAAGUCACUUCAAGGUAGACGAAUCGGAGGACGAUGGGUCAGAGGAAGAUGAGCUGGAGGAAGAGCUGUCAGAGGGAUCAGAGUAUAUUCACUUCAAGGUAGACGAAUCGGAGGACGAUGGGUCAGAGGAAGAUGAGCUGCCGGAGGGGCAGGCAUCGGAGGAAGAUGAGACUGAGGGAGAAGAGUCUGGUGAAGAUCAAUCAGAGGAAGAGGGGUCAGAGGAAUCGGUGGAAGAGCCACUAGGGAAUGGAUGUGAAAACCUUAUUUUUCUCAAGAUGAUGAAUUUCAUGGGCCGCCACAAUGAGAUGCGGCUACUAAGCUUUCUGUUGAAAAGGUCUCCCAGUCUCAACCAAUUGAUACUAUUUACUCCCAGUGAUCACCCAAAAGGGCUUCAUAAGGAUCAUCUGGUUACAUCCGAUUUUCUUGAAACAAAACUGCUGCCUCUAGAAAAGGCCUCUCUGAAUGCACAGAUAAUCCUCAGUGAACCGGAUACUACUGCAGUCCAGCCGUUGCAUUGGGAGAUCUUUGUCAAGGUUUAAUUAUUUGCCAACAGGGAACUUUUGGUCAGAUAAUUUUAGAUAUCAAAGGCUAGCAACUUUGUGUAAGAUGAAGUGCCAGGUAAUCAUCAAGAUUUGCAUGAUUCUCGUGUUGUGUAGUCCAUGAAAGAUGAACGGCAUGGAUUAUAUUGUGUAUUUGUUUUAUUUGAGACUAUUUCAAGUAUCAUGUUCACCGUCCUGUCUCCUUAUGAAGAUUCGUUGUCAUAUUGGUGUUUUGCUGAGAACAAAUUGCUUAUUUAUUAAGUGUUGCUGGUGGCUUUGCUAAGAACUAGCUGAUAAGGGUUCGGUGCAGUAGUUGCACAAGAAAGUCUCUUGUUGAAAUACUGUAGGAUGCUGUGUCUUAUUAUGUUCUAUCUUUGUGCUCGUCAAUCUUGAUAUACAUGUAGAGAAGUUAAGAUGCUCUAUCUUGAUAUACGGGUAGAGAAGGUAUUCAAGCCUGAUGAUCAUGCCCUGUUUUUAGGGCAACGCUGCUCCAGAGCUGUGUGUUUCUCAUUACCAUAUUCUGUUUGGUGCCUGAUGCUGGUGAUUGUCCCUGCUUUGAUGAGAAGAGUUUGAGUUCUUAUUGUGCCUACAACGUGAUAGAUGGUACACUCUCCCCCCUGCCAACGGACUCGGCAAAUGCAACAUGGGGUUUGCGCAACAU